AUGGCUGCCACUACAGUUGGAAUUCAGCAUAUUAUGAGAGAAGUCAGUCAACUCUAUGAGGCCAUUCAAAGUUCCUCAAAAGCCAGUGGAAACAUUGCAUAUCCAAAAAUAGCAGUGAACAUGCUGAUUUCUGGGUAUCCAAUUGAACUAAUGGAUGGAGAUGCUGCCCAUGUUCCAUCAGUGUGGAUUAAUGCUGUCCUAGAUAAGCUCAUCAAAACACUUGGAGACAAAAAGGUGUUUGUUCUGUCAAUUCUGGGGCUUCAAAGCUCUGGAAAAUCCACACUGCUGAACACUAUGUUUGGCCUUCAGUUUGCUACAAGUGCUGGAAGAUGUACCCGCGGAGCCUUCAUGCAGCUUCUAGAAGUGGACACCAACAUUAGAACUAAACUUGGAUAUGACUUUGUCCUCAUUGUGGACACAGAGGGCCUCAGAUCUCCAGAGCUCAGUACAAAGAUAACACUGAACCAUGACAAUGAGCUUGCCACUUUCAUCAUUGGAAUUGGUGACGUGACUGUAAUCAAUAUCAUGGGGGAGAACCCUUCUGAGAUGCACGACAUUCUUCAGAUUUGUGUGCAGGCCUUCUUGAGAAUGAAACGGGUAACAUUCACACCAAGCUGCAUGUUUGUGCACCAGAAUGUUGCAGAAUCAUCAGCUGGAGAUAAAAACAUUGAGGGAAGGAGACGUCUCUUGGAGAAACUGGAUGAAAUGGCUCAGAUGGCAGCAAAAGAGGAGAAUGUUGAGGGAAUCACUUGUUUCAGUGAUGUUAUACACUUUGACAUUGAUACUCAAGUGUUCUACUUCAAAAAUCUUCUGGAGGGAGACCCUCCCAUGGCUCCAAUUAAUCCUUCUUAUAGCCAGAAUGUUCAGGAGCUGAAGACCAAGCUUCUAACAUUUACAGCAAGGCAAAACAAAUGUAAAUCCCUGUCAGAAUUCAAAUGUCGAGUUUCUGACCUUUGGUCAGCACUCCUGCAAGAGAACUUUGUGUUCAGCUUCAAAAACACAGUUGAAAUGGUGGCAUACAGUUCUUUGGAGCAUAAAUAUGGAGUUUGGUCUUGGGAACUGAGAAAACAUUCCCUGAGCAGUCAAACUAAACUUGAGAAUAAAAUUGGCAGCAACUUGAUUCAGGAAGUGUCCUCAAAAACUCUGACAGAAGAGUUUGACAAAGUCUACAUCCCACUGAAGACUAAAAUAGAAAGGUAUUUCAAAGAAGACAAAAACAAAGAGACCCUCAUAAAGUGGAAGGCUACUAUUGACAUACGCUUCACAAACCUAAGGAAAGAGCUAAUUGAGGGAGUUAUGCAAAAAUGUCAGGAAUUACUUACUGCCCAGCAAAACAGGUCAGAUCUGGACCAGAAGCAAUCCCAAUACAUGGAUCAACUGACCAAGGAGAGUAAAAGGCUGGCAUCUAAACUUAAAACACAGCAUGCGACAGAUGAUAAAAUGAGAGAGGAAUUUGACAUACUCUGGGUUGACUGGACAAGUGAUGUGAUGGAUCGCCAGCCUCCUGAGAAACCACUUAAUAGACAGUUCUGA